AUGAAUAAAUUUCAAAGAUGGCUUUUCGUCAUUGGAAUCUACACGACAAACAUUACAAUAUUCAUUAUUUCAUGGAGAUUCAGGCUGCAUUUUACCAAUCUUUGGGAGUUCUACGUUUCUCCUCUAAUAUUAAUUGCCAGUUUUAUUAUUCUGGGCCUCGUUACAGCUGAUUUCUUAACUCCUUCAUUAUCCCAUAUUUCAAGGGAUAUAUUGCAUAUCUCUGAUAGAAUAUCUGGAAUGACUUUAUUAGCCUUGGGCAAUGCUAUUCCCGAUAUUACCAGCACUUAUCAAUCUAUGAAUUCACAUGUGACUGCCCUGGCAUUAGGUGAAUUGGUAGGUGGAAUAUUUUUUCUUCUUACUGUGGUCAUUGGAUCGAUGGGCCUCGUCGGAAAUAAGAUUCAUGUAUGCUCAUCCAAAAGUGAGAUUAAUGUUGAGAGAGGUAUUGAUAUAAAUUCUACACAAAAAUGUGACCAGGAAAAGCAUGAACUUAUAAGCUAUGAUAGAACUAAUUAUGUUCAAGAUUUGGCUGUGUUUAUUAUUAUGAUUAUAAUUUGCUGUGCAUUUCUGUAUAACGAAGAAUUAGAGUUUUGGGAAUGUGUUACCAUGGUAAUAUUCUAUUGUUUGUAUGUGAUACGAUUAGUUUUCAUGCAUAAAAGUGCCAUGAAAUUACUUCCUUCCCUUAAUUUCGAUAGUUCGUCAAGUCAUGACCUCACACCAAAUCAAAGUGGGCAUGAGAGAAAUAUGAGUAGAUUCGUUCAAGGUAUUCAGCAGAGAAGGUCAGAUCUUAAGAAAAGAAUAAGAAAGCAGAUUAGGUCAACUUACCAUGGAUGGGUUAAGAUGAGUUUAGAUGAUUGCUUGCAAGUAUGGGAAAAUGAAAGGUUAUCAAAUAAGAAACCAUUAAUUUCAGAUACUGUUGUUGGUUCCGAAGUAGAAGAUGAGGAUGAAAAUGCAUUAGCAACGGAUGGAGAAAGAGUUGGUUUACAAAGAAGAACUGUAUCAUAUCAGGAACCCGUAGCACAAUCACGAAAGCUAGACUCUCCUCAUGUGAUUAUACCAUCACGCCCCGAAGAACAAGAUGUCUUAUCGAGUACAGUGUCUAAUAAAUCAGAACCACCUAAGUAUUUAAACCUCCCCAAAACAAGACCCCCAGCUCAUAAAUUCCCCAGUUCUGAUCACAUUCCUGACUUGUGCACUAAUUAUUACGGUGCUAUUGACCCACAGGAUGCUGUAACUGGUAACGCACCAACUAGUCCUUUAGCAUCGUCUGUUAUGUCUACCGAGAUAAUAUCUAACUUAUCUAGAGUGUCCAAAUUGCAUUACUACUUAGUAUCAGAUGAAUGCACCUCGUCAGUAUAUUUUUCUAAUUCUGAAUUUUUCACUUUGGUAUUUGUUACUCCAAUCUCUCUCUAUCUACAUUUACUGAUACCUUUACGAGAGGUAACUUAUUCUGGGCUCAUUCCUGAUAUUCCAAUGGAUAUUCUACAGCUAUUUCAAUUGUCCAUGUCACCGAUAGUUUCCUCCUAUUUCGUUUCCGAGGAAGUACCUAUUUUAGCCAUUGUGUCUAGUAUUUUCGUUUCAAUUAUUCUUAUUUGGAGAUGGAAAUAUGGAAUUGUCAAAUAUAAUUCUGAAAUUAUAUCGAUCAUGGGGUUUAUUAUGUCACUUGUUACAAUUUCCUAUCAAGUUCAUCUAGUUGUGCAGACAUUAACCAAGUGGGUAGAAAUGUUCCAUAUAUCAGAAAGUAUAUUAGGGCUAACAAUAUUUGCCUGGGGAAAUUCCAUUGGUGAUUUAAUCUCUAAUGUUACCUUCGUUAAGAUUGGUAUUGUAGACAUUGCCCUGGGUGCCUGUUUUGGUAGUCCCCUUUUAUCAUUUCUGUUUGGAAUUGGAUUUGAUGGGAUAUUAAUCAUGCUUAAGAGAUAUUAUAGGUCAGAUGAUAAUUUAUCCUUUUGGAAGUACAAGAUUGAGUUUGAUGCUGAUUAUAAUUUAUUUUUCAGUUGUCUUGGAAUUGUAAUUGCAUUUUUAAUAUUAUCCAUUGGAGUACCGUUGAAUAAUUGGACCAUUGAUAGAAAAAUUUCAACGUUGUUAAUACUAUUGUAUUGUGUAGUUCUUGUUAUUAACAUAUAUGUAGAGAUCAAUUCAUAA